AUGCGUGGAAUGUCACGAUAUGACGGUGUCAACAGAGGACAGAAACACAGACCAAUGUCACAAGGAUACAUUUACACUAUCAAACCUUUGGAAGGACGAGAAUUUAUGCAACGUAAUUUCGUAACACUUCCUCAAAAAGCAUCCAAAUACAACAAUCGAGCAAUUAGCCUAAAUGAACGGUUUUCAAUCGUCGAAAGAGGAUAUCUACUUGUGCCAGAGUUGGGAAGUACAAAACAUGAUUUCCGAAGAAAUGUGUACCUGAUACCGCGUGUGCCAACAAUCUCAAAUGAAAAAAAACAGCAGAAAAUCUCAAGUAAUGCAGUAAAAACUAAGACGGAGAAAUGA